AUGACGUUUAAAGUUAGUUACCGGAUAAACUCGGGAGUUUUUCUCCUUCUGAAACUUCUGGUAAAGUGGCCGCUCCGCGCGGAAAACGAUGAUGCACACCGGAGCCACGCCCACCCCGAAACAUCGCGAGAUCCGGCUUUGAGGCCUGGCUGUGCCUCUGCGCCCAGAAACUACGUUUCCCAGAAGAGACUGCGGCGUUGGCCCACUCGCGAGGCAGCGUCCGCGGGGCGUUGUGCGCCUGCGCUAUCUUCCGGCUUCAGGCGGCGGGUCCGCCGAUACCGAGGAGGAAGCGCACCCGGGUCUGCGGGGAGCGCGGCCACGGUGGCACCUGGAUUCGAAGAGGAGGCAGCUCUGCCAUCUCAGGACUCUGCCCUUCCCCAAGAGAGGAACCAGGAGGAGGACCAGUCAGCCCAUGACAUUCUAAAAGUCAUGUCCCUUGAGUCAGACUUGUUCAGGGAUGUGGCCGUAGUCUUCUCCCAAGAAGAAUGGGAACGACUGGCACCUGCUCAGAGGGAUUUGUACAGAGACGUGAUGUUGGAGACGUACAGCAACCUGGUCUCACUGGGUCUCACCAUCUCCAAACCUGACGUGAUCUCCUUCCUGGAGCAAGGCAAGGAGCCCUGGAUGGUGGAGAAAGCAGCAGCAGGAGGCCUGUGCCCAGGACUCACCCUUCCCCAGGAGAGGAGGCUGGAUGACGCAUUGGCCCUUGCUGUUCUGAAAGCCGUGGCCCAGUAUCUUUUGAUGGCUGUAUCUCCCUUUACGAAGGAAGUUGUGCUGCUCUCCAUAGAAAUACCAAGAACAUACAGACCCUUCUCUUGAAUUGCCAAAAUCGUCUUGCGUGCUCAUCUGCCUCAGCUUAUUCUCUGGGGCUCAGUGAUGUUUAGGGAUGUGGCAGUAGUCUUCUCAGGACGAGUGGGGCCAGCCAGAUCCUGCUAGGAAGGACUCGUACAGGGACGUGACACUGGAGAACUUCAGCAACUUCAUCUCUAGGUUCUUCUAUUUCCAGGCCAGAUGUGAUCUCCUUAUCGGAACAAGGGAAAGAACCCUUGGGGGCACAAAGAGAUGUGACAGGAAGCCUGUGCCCAGCUGAGUGAAGGAUCAUUAAGAAGGGCAGUGGCGCUGUAGAUCACGUAUCCUCAUGGGAGAAAAUGGAAAAAUUUAUAAACAAAGAUCCUGAGGACCCCAUGUUCCAGGAUGACUGGGAAUAUAAAGGCAUAUUUGAGAGACAUCAAAGAAAUGAGGAAGGAAAUUCCAGUCAAGUGAUAAUCACCCAGGAAGAGUAUCUACUGUGAGACAGCAAACUUCCCAUAACCUGCAUCAGAAAGUUCCACCUGGAAGUAGGCCCUAUGCAUAACGAAUGUAGAGAAGGGUUUCGGCAGAAGACAUCCCUUCUAAGUCACCAGAAAAUGUAUACUGCUGACCGAUCUGAGGAAUGCAAGCAACAUGGGAAGGCUUUCUCCAUCACCGUUCUGAUCCCCCUCAACAUCAUAGAACUCACACUGGGAAAGACCCCGUGAAUGUAAAGAAUGUGGAAGGGCCUUUAGUCCUAUUUCCCUCUUUACCCAACACCAGAGAAUUCCUACUGGUGAGAAAACCUAUGAAUGUAAGGAGUAUCAAAAAAGCUAUAUUCAGCUCUCAAAACUUAAUGCACAUCAUAGAAUGCAUACUAGGGGAAAAUUCUAUCAAUAUACUGAAUGUGCAAAAACUUGUCACUAAUUAUUCAACAUCAGAGAAUUCAUACUGGAGAAAACCCUAUG